AUGAAACCCCCGGAGAUUGCUGGUUUUUACGUCGCUUGGUGCGACGAGUUCUACGGCCCAGCUGGCUCCCCUCCCAACUCUCAGAACUGGACGCUACAAACUUCCCCAUUCAAUUGGAAUCUCGAGUGGCAGAGGUACACCAACUCAACGGACAAUGCGUUCCUCGACGGAAAUGGCCAACUCGUCAUAUCUCCACAGAAAGUGAAUGGACAAUGGACCUCUGCUAGUCUGCAUGGCAACCACAAUUUCGGGUGUGACCCCAACCGCAAGAUGAUCUUUGCCGCGCGCAUCAAGCUCGGCCAGAACCCGGCGUGGCAGCAGCAGGGGAUUUGGCCUGCUUGGUGGGCUUUGGGCCAGUCGAUGCGCAGGGGUAUUCACUGGUACGUUCCGAGUCCCUCUCACUCUCCUGUCUUAGUCCACCAGCUCGAUACAUAUGGUAACCACGCCGAAUCUCACGGAUAUGUCGACUUUGAUCGCCGAGACUACCACACUUGGGCCAUCCUCAUCGACCUCUCCGACGGUAACUACAGCAACCGGACGAUCAGUUAUUCCAACUCGAUAGUCAGACUUACUACACAGUCCAAGGAGACGGCUCCAGCUGGGCCACGAGGGAAUGUUGGGGCAGGUGCGGCCGAAGCCCGUUCUUCCCAAUUUUGA